CGCAGAGUCCCGCACUCCACCUUUCCCUCAAAACCUUCCCGUUGAGAUCGCCAGACCAUCUUCUCUUUCGCUUUCCAUACCUUACUAUCAAAAUGCACUAUUUCUCUCAGUUGUUCAACUAUGAUCAUCCAUGGUCACACGUCGUGAUUGGGAUGUGGCACAAGUAUCCCAACCCGCACUGUAGCCAUGUUAUCAGUGUCGACGUUGUCGACCGCUCGGUAGACCCGAACACCGGCAUUAUUCGGACGGAGCGCAUUCUGGGAUGCAAGCAGAAAGCUCCAGCAUGGAUAUUGAAGCUCUUCGGCGGUUCGGAAGACGCGUUCGUGCGGGAAAUAUCCCUAGUCGACCCAGCGAAGCAAGAGGUCACGGUCACCUCCAUCAACAUGUCGCUUUCCCAAUUCGCGACGUGCAACGAGUACAUCCGGUACUCUCCCGCCGGCGCUUCACGGACAGAGUUCGUGCAAAAAGCCGAGAUCGAGUCGCGGAUGACGAAUUGGCGGAUACUUGCCGACAAGGUGGAGGAUUGGCUGGUGCAGCGGUUCGAACAGAACGCGCAGCUGGGCAAAAUGGGCUUUAAUGAGGUCUUGCGGGCAUUACGGGAACAGGGCGAGCAUCGGCAAUUAGCCCCUGCAUAGUUUCAUGCGUGGGUUGUUGAUCUUUGCUUUCGUUUUCCGUGUUGUGUUGUUGGCUGUCGUUUUUACUAGAUACAUACCCUCACGGUCUAGAUGUUCUCCCAAAAGCGUAUUUGCAGACGCCCUCAUUUACCCUCACGACCUCUUACGUUACAACGCAAUUGUAUUUCCUGCAUGCAUACUAGACCGCUCUUUGCUUCAUCCCACUUCAUCGAGGAAUACUACG